AUGGGCGUGCGAGGCCUCCCGCUCCUCUUUCUGGCACUUGUCCUCUGCCUGAGCCAGACCGUGCUCGCAAUCAAGUUUAACGUCACCGCCGCCCGCUAUCCGCCCGCGAAGUGCAUAUGGAACGCCGCGCACCCGGGCGCGCUCGUCAUUAUCACCGCGAACGUAGGUCCGGGCGAGGGCCAGCGGCUCGACAUCGAGGUCGUCGACUCGAGCGAGCACAAGAACGUCUACCUGAGCAAGAAGGGCAUCAGCGGGGAGAAGCGGUUCGCCAUCACGGCACAUGCGGAGGAGGAUAUCGGCGUUUGCUUCCGCAACUACCUUGAGUCCGGUACGUGUGCUCCGAACGACGCCAAGCCGAAGUCGCGUGUUGUUGACCUUGACAUUGACAUUGGUGCCGACGCUGUCGACUAUAACGCCAUUGCGAACCAGGAGUCGCUCUCCGCGCUCGAGACGGAGAUGCGCAAGCUGGAGGGUAUUGUGAAAGAGAUCGUGGACGGGAUGGACUACCUGAAGUCGCGGGAGGAGCGGUUCCAACAGACGAACAUGUCCACGCAAGGGCGCGUGAAGAACUUUGCGUGGUUCACAAUCCUCUCCCUGAUUGGGUUGGGUGUUUGGCAGAUAUUCCACCUCCGCGCGUUUUUCAAGCGGAAGUAUCUCAUCGACUAGAGCAAUCUAUUGCGAUUCGAGGCUUGUCAC